UGGUUAGUGGGCAGCAACACAGCCUAUCAAAGAGACUGUCUUUGUUGGCUAUUUUCACAGCUUUUCAGAAGUGUUUCCCAUGCACACAUGGACUGCAGGCAUGACUAUCCUUCCAGUGGACGCUUUUGAGAAUUGCAAAAUUAUCACUCGUCUAAGUCCUUUGUUUUAGCAAAUCUCAUCUCAAACUGUGAAUGAUUGGGGAGCUGUCAGGAACAGAGUGUGUGUUAAGUUGGUAGCCUACUGUACAUUUCUCUGCAUGUGAGUCUUGUUUCACAUGUGCCGCUUUCUUGCACAUUGGUGCUCUAGCACUGUGGAUAUAAAAUGGUUUUGUUAAAGAUGAAACAAGUUGGGAGCCUAACUUUAAGUGGAUAAAGCAAUCUGGCACUAUCAGUUGUUUUGGGGCUUUUCAGCAAUACUUUAAUGGACAAUCAGAAGACGUUAGAUAAUUAAUUUGUUAUCUCUUUGAUGUACAACUGACUCAGCAUUUUGAAAUGGAUUAGUUAUUACGAUACCAAGAAAAUUGAGUGUUCAGGACAUGAAACAGGGUGUGCGUUAAACCUAACCGAUGACUCAGCCACUCCCCGACCCUGCCCUUCACAUGAAGUGUAAAGUUAAGCCCAUCUUCUGUCAAACUGUCAUUAAAACGAACACCGCUUCCAUUUCACACAUAAACCCACCAGCAAGAGCCAACAGCAUAAACUACGACAGUCUGAUCUUCAACUUUUUUCAGAGCUCCUCAGAUGAUGCAAAGAAGGUGAUGCGGAGAGAGAAGAACCGGAUCGCUGCUCAGAAGAGCAGGAUGAGGCAAACUCAGAAAGCUGACAACCUGCACUUGGAGAGUGAGAACCUGGAGAAGGAGAACGCUGCCCUGAGGAAGGAGGUGAAGCAGCUGACAGAGGAGGCCAAGUAUCUGUCCUCUGUGCUGAGCAGCCACGAACCUCUGUGCACCGGCCUGGCUACUCAGACCCCCGAGCUCAUCUACCCUCCUCAUCACAGCAGCUACCACCACCAGCACAUCACUGUACCACACUACCAGCACUGACCUGACUGACUACCGAGGCAGCCGAGGACGUGCUGCAAACAGAUGACUGACCUCAAUGGAGAGAAAGACUGACCGGAGAUGUGUCUAUAAAUGUUAAUAAUUGUUCGAAACAUGAACAAUAACAUGACAGGCCAAUAUGUCUGCCAAACAAUGACAGUACGGACCCCAAGCUGUAACAAGCGGUGUUGAAAACUAUUUAUUUUGCUUGUGCUCAUCUGUUUGCUUUUACCUGAUUGACAUCAGUGAUCUGUAUGUGGACUUAAACGGCUCAAUGAGUAGAAUUAUCAACCAGUCUAUGUUUACAGCGGGAUAAGAAAAAAACAUCCUACUGUAUGUUCAGGUGACUCAGGUGAUACAGUAUUUUUGUAAAUUUUUAGUGUCAUAGAGCACCUUCGUCAUUCUGUCAUGUUUUGAGUUUCUCGUGAUUAUAACUGUGUUUCAGUGUGUAAAUGUCGAUCGAUAAUGCUCAGGAGAUUUUGACAGAUUUGAUUGUGGACAAAGAGAAUGUAUAAAGUCGAGAUCCUAAAAAAAAGGCUUCAAUGUACCAAAAAAGAAACGUCUGGCAGUGAAGAAUGGGCUUUCAAAGGGUCUUGACUUGUGUAUUAGUGAUGAUGCUGAUGUGGGAGAAGACCCAGCAAACGAUAUUUAUUAAAUAUGUUGCCUUUUAGGUACUCAUUUCUGA